UGAUAACUAACUGAUAAAACGGUAAAUAUUUUUGGCCUAGUAGAGGCAAAAUUGGACAUUUCAGUGGGGCGCAGUGUGUGAGAUUAAAUAGAUUUUAUGUGGUAUUAGUUGGGGAUAGAGAGCAACCCGAAACAGCCAAAUGUGGAAUUUAAUUAAAAUACUCCCCAUCAUUUCGGCACUUUGGCUGCUGCGUGGAAUAGCUGCCGCCGGUGAUGUUGCUGCAGCAGCGGCAGCAGCUCAAUCCCCACAGGAUGGAUACCGUAUCAGCAUCCUCAUCAACGACACUCAGAUGCGUGUUGGUGAAAUAAACUUUUACCGCGAAUAUGAACUUUCUUCCAAUAGUUCUGCAGCAGCAACCAUUGUGAUAAAGGGCAGUGAAGCUGUGUGGAGUAAACAUUUUGGAAUCAUUCAAGUGCACUCAUACCUCCGUCCAGUGACAUUGUCAGCCAAUAACACCCUCGGAGAUGCAUCCGAGAAAUUCUACGUAAAUGGAACCAAUAUUGGGUUCAAUGUCCACAGAAAUUCAACAUUCUACCUCCAUUCGCUUCAUCCCCAAAAUGGCACGUUCAAUACGUCGGUUGCUGUUGCAUUUAUUCUCUACAGGAGUACUGGUGCCAUACCCGGAGGCUGCAAUAUGGUGCAUCCCGUUGAUGAGACACCCUUCCUCAGUGUAAUGCUCGAAGAGGAAAUAGUGCUGGUGGAGACACCACCCGCGGGUUCAGGAGUUCCUCAUUUGGACAAUACAACAUGCACCACGGAGAAUUUCUUGUAUGAAUUCCGUUACCUCUACCUGACCAAGCAAGACUUCUCCAAACGCUCGUACUUUGAUAUGCUACGCACAUUGAUGGUUCCACGAACAGCCAUGGAGUCUGGAUACCUCGUGACAAAGGUACCCGAAUACAAUCUCCAUCAAUACUAUGCCAAAAACACGGGUAUGGGGAUUUUCUUUGUGACACUCGUGAUGGACGGUUACGGGGAGAACGUUACCACGGCCUAUAUUCCCGGUCAUUCCUACGGAUGCCCCCAGCAACAGCUCUUUCGUGAUUGUCACGUUAUAGAUAGUACACCUCUAGCAAUCCUCCUGGUGCUGAUGAUGGUGAUGGGAGCAUGUCAAAUUAUUCUUGGUCGUCAGUUGGUCUAUUUGCGCAUUAUUGUCAACAGUUUUAUGAUUGGCGGCUAUUUGGCUUAUGUGAUCUUCUGCACUAUCGAAGAUUGGGAUCUCAAGAUGGUCAUAGUUAUGCUCGGUGGACUUAUCUUUGCAAUCGCGUGGACAGUUCUCUGGCUACAGUGCCACUCAGUCACGGAGGUAGCGGAUAUUUUGGGUAGUGUCAUCAAUGGCUACGGUUUGAGUUGUUUAGUCCUGUAUGCAUUUGGAGAUAUGAGAAUCCUGGAAUCUCAUACGUACUACUGGAUGGUUUUCUGCCUGGUCCUCCCAAGUGCAGCUGUUCUCUCGUUUCCACUCUCGCGGAGAGGUGCAAUCGUCAGCACAGCCCUCCAAGGAUCAUUCUUCAUGUCCAUAACACUUCUCUUUAUGUUUGACGGCAAUAUCCAUUAUGCCGUCAUCAACAACUGGCGACGUCUAAAGGAUACAUCAUUCACCUAUGCUAUUAUCAAUCCACAUCUCGAUAUUGUCGAUUGCUUCUGCAUUGUAGUGUGGCUGAUGGCAUUCAUAUCAAGUAUCUUCAUUCAGACGCGACUAAUGGAUGGAGGGUGCCCCUGUUGGAGGCGUCAACGUGUCAGGGUGUUGCGGUAUAGAGAUCAAGAAGCUCAACCCCUGAUUGCACGACUCACAGCUCGUGAAUUGGGAUCUGAUGAUGUUUUCCUUUCGCCUCGUUCCAACAGUCGUUUCAUGCAAUACUGGAAUAGGCAAUCUCUAUUCGUGUGAUCCAUCACCAUGCACGAAGCAACAGAGGACAAAGGAUGGGCACAUCCCAGUGAAAGAUAGGGGGUUGAAUGUUGAGAAAAUCUCAUCAAUUUAAUAUAAUGAUCUCAUUAAAAUAUCUUACAAAUUUAUUUGGAAACUUUCAUCUGCAUCAAAUUAUAUUGUAUUCUCAAUCAUUAUGAAGUUCUUGCUUUUUUUUCUUUAGUUCUCUGGCUUUUUUUUGGUUAAUUCAUUUUGGAAUUAUAAAGGAAAAAUGUGUUAUAUAUUCGUAUGGAAAUUCAUGCAAAAGGAUACUAUGUAGUAUAGGUACUUUGUAACUUUGACCAAGUUCUUCCACAUCUUAUUAGUAAAGUCAGUUUAAAUAGCAACUCUGAAGAAAUAAAAAUCACUUUGUCACUUUUGUUUUUAAUAAACAUCGUCUCACAUAAAUUAAAAAAAAA